UUGCAGUUAAUAUCAUUAUUAGCAGUAGCCGGUUUGACGUGGGCAGAUGUUGGUACAGCAGCAAAUCAAUAUUUACCACCACAGAAAGGUUACAAUUACGAUAAACCCAUUGUACCAUUCCCAUCUGGUAAUAAUCAACAACAAGUACCAUAUCCAACAACACAACGACCAUAUCAACCACCAUAUCAACCACCACGACCACAACCACAACCUCAGCCACAACCCACAUACAGACCAGCAACACAACCACCUUACCGACCACCACAACCACCAACAUACGGUCCACCAACAACUGGAGGCGGUCAUUCUGGAGACGAUCAUGAUCAUCAUCAUCAUGAACCAGGUAUGCCAUUCGAUUUCAACUAUGCUGUGAAAGAUGAUUAUUAUGGUAAUGAUUAUUCACAUAAUGCUGUAAGUGAUGGUGAUGUAACACGUGGUGAAUAUAGAAUUUUAUUACCAGAUGGUCGUACACAAAUUGUUAGAUAUACAGCUGAUUGGAAAAAUGGAUUCAAUGCACAGGUAACAUAUGAAGGUACACCAACAUAUCCAGCUCAAGGUGCAGGUUCAGGAAUUAAAAACCAAUAUGGACCACCACCACAACAAGGAGGCGGUAAUCAAGGCUACCAAUAUUAAAUAUUUAAGAAAGAAACAAGAAAAAGAACUUAACAAAAUGUAAUAAUU